AUGGCGCCGCCGGGACCGCUGCGCGAUCUCCGCCUGGGGCAGGUCCGGGGCCGCGGACCCGACGCCCGGGACCAGGACCACCCCGCCCCGCGCCCCGAGGCCCCGCCCCGCGCAGAGGACCAAUCACGACCGGGAGCCGGGACACAGGGAGCCGCCCCGCCCAGGGUACCGCCCCGUCCCCGGAGCAAGGAUCCAAUCCCAGCGCGGUCUCCUCCGAGGCCCCGCCCCGGAGCCGGUCCAAUCUCAGCACGGUCUCCCCAGAGGCUCCGCCCCCGGAGCCAGUCCAAUCCAAGCACGGUCUCCUCCGAGGUCCCGCCCCCGGAGCCGGUCCAGUCGCAGCAGCCCCCGGAGCCAGUCCAAUCCCAGCACGGUCUCCUCCGAGGUCCCGCCCCCCGGAGCCGGUCCAAUCGCAGCAGCCCCGGAGCCAGUCCAAUCCCAGCGGUCUCCGCCCCGAGGCCCCGCCCUUCCCCGAGCUGCAGGCGUUGCCUCCCGGCGGCUCGGGCACAGGUGGGAGCGGCCCGGCGCACCGAGUGGCCCCUGGUCCAGCCCGGCGUCACGCCCAAGCCGCCGGCCGCCCAACGCUACCCUUCCGCGCGCCCCCGUCCCCAGACACGGCGGGAAGAACUGCCUCCGGGCCUUUAUUAG